UACAUACCCGGAUCGACCCAGCAACAGCAGACCCAGUCCCAGCACUUCCAGGCGCACUCGUCCUGUAUGCUGGCUUCAGCGGUCGACAGCCCUCCGUUCUCGGACGGGGAAGACAACAUGGCUUACCCUGAGUUCCUGGCGGCCCAGGACGGGCAUGGAGAGGGUCUGUCCCCGGAGAUGUUCGUCCAUCCCGGGCUGGGCACCACCGACCCGAAGCUGGAGGUAGACCCGGAGGAUCAGGAAAACAAGAGCUGUGGCGUGGUGUCCAAGCCGCUGGAGGAGAAGGACAGCGGCCAGGGGGACUCGGAUCGGCCGGCCACACGAACCAGACGGAAACCCCGGGUCCUCUUCUCCCAAGCCCAGGUGUUCGAGUUAGAGCGGCGCUUCAAGCAGCAGCGGUACCUGUCCGCUCCUGAACGAGAACAYCUGGCGAGCACUCUYAAACUCACCUCCACGCAGGUCAAAAUCUGGUUCCAGAACCGACGGUACAAGUGUAAGCGGCAGCGGCAGGACAAGUCCCUGGAGCUGGCGGGACACCACCACCCUCCCCCGCCAAGACGAGUCGCGGUGCCGGUCCUGGUCCGGGAUGGGAAGCCCUGUCUGGGCGGGACUCAGAACUACAAUGCUCCGUACGGGUCGAACCCCUAUAGUUACAACGGAUACCCGGCCUACACGUACAACAACCCGGCAUACAACAGCAACUACAGCUGUACUUACACCAGUAUCCCUACUCUCCCCCCAACCACCUCGGCUAACCCCUUCAUGGCCAUGAACUUGGGGAACAUUGGGGGGCUUAGCGCCUCUCCCCAGCCCCAAACGCACCAAGGGACAGCGGUCACGACAUGUCAGGGCUCACUGCAAGGGAUCCGGGCCUGGUAGCCCCACUCYGGUUACAGCCCGGAUCAAACCAGAGCAUUGUUUUACACCCACACCGGUGACAUUAAUCGAAUCCUCUCAUGCCGUUUUUUAAAGGGUUCUUCCCCUUUUUAAAAUAAAGGGAGUUAUUUCUCAGCAGUAUUUCGGAAACAGUGUUGUUKUUAUGUAGUUAUAGGCAUUCGUGUCUGCCUGGUGGGGUGGCUGUCGUUGGAUUAAGACUGAAAAGGUGCAAAUUCAACAUGUUUACUCCACUCUCGGUGACGGUCAUCAGAAAGAAGCUGUGCGUAACGGUUGAAAUGGAUUUACGACCAACAAUGGUCUCAUUUUAUUUGAAUGACCAACUAUCCAGUUAACGUUGGAUAUAUAGGAUAGGCCUAAUCACGAGACUAGACGUUUGAUAAUUGUGAUAUACGGAGUAAGGGUGKUCUAGUUACUUGUAARMAUGUGCUUAAAAGGAUGUCCGGAUUAUUCAACAGURAUGGCCUGUAGGUGGAUUUCCCAAUCUACUAUUCUCAACGAUUUGUUUGAUAUUUCUAAUGUUUCUUUAGCCAUGAUGACAUGACAAGUGAGAGAGAGUGUUUGAUUGUUUUCAAGCUUAUGUAAUUCAUUGAACAUUUUUUGAUUUAUUCCAUUUUCUAAUUUAAAAAAUCCUGGAAUGGCAGAAAUUGAAAUGGGCUGUAAUCCAACCUUGGGCUCUGAACACAACCAAGACAAUUUGAUAAAAUCUCAUAACUUGCUUUCGAAAACGAAUAAAUUCCAUAUUUUUGCUACUUUGUG